AACAGAAGACAGACAAUACACUGCGACGACAGAAAGAUCAAAAUCGAAAUCUCUCCACAAGAGAGGAGGAAGAAGAAGAACCGGAGACGAUUUUUCUUCGCAGGUGCUGUAACGAAUCCUCCUCUAAACUUUAGCAGAUCUGCUAAUUUUAGAGAAGGGAGAGGAAUCCGAAGAAUCUAGGGUUUGGUUCUCCAUCCGACGCCGAUAUGAUGAUCUCCAGGGGUUUGUUCGGGUGGUCUCCGCCGCAUAUACAGCCAUUAACGCCGGUUUCAGAGGUCUCUGAGCCGCCGGAGUCUCCGUCUCCGUACAUAGAUCCCGGAGCUGAGGCCGGCGGCACGGCGGCGCAGGCGGCGCAGGCGGAGGCUGAGGAGGAGAUGGAGGAGCCUGAGGAGGUCGAGCCGCCUCCGGCUGCUGUUCCGUUCUCCCAGCUCUUCGCCUGCGCCGACCGGUUCGAUUGGGUUCUCAUGGUUGUUGGAUCCGUCGCUGCUGCUGCUCAUGGCACCGCGCUUAUCGUCUACUUGCACUACUUCGCGAAGAUUGUUGAGGUUCUUGCGUUUGGAAAGGAUUCGGGUCACAAGGGACCUGAGGAUCAGUUCGAGCGCUUCACAGAGCUUUCGUUGAAUAUUGUUUACAUAGCUGCUGGUGUUUUCAUUGCUGGUUGGAUUGAGGUGUCUUGCUGGAUACUAACUGGCGAGCGGCAGACUGCUGUGAUCAGAUCCAAGUAUGUCCAAGUGCUAUUGAAUCAGGAUAUGAGUUUCUUUGAUACAUAUGGGAACAAUGGGGAUAUUGUAAGCCAAGUGCUUAGUGAUGUCCUACUCAUCCAGUCAGCUCUUAGUGAGAAAGUUGGAAAUUACAUUCAUAACAUGGCUACAUUUAUUAGUGGUCUCAUCAUUGGCUUUGUCAACUGCUGGGAGAUUGCAGCUAUUACAUUAGCCACUGGUCCUUUCAUUGUUGCUGCAGGAGGCAUAUCAAACAUAUUUCUCCACAGACUUGCUGAGAAUAUUCAAGAUGCAUAUGCUGAGGCAGCUAGCAUCGCUGAACAGGCUAUCUCUUACAUUAGGACUUUGUAUGCCUUCACAAAUGAAACUCUUGCCAAAUAUUCAUAUGCAACUUCCCUUCAAGCAACUUUGAGAUAUGGUAUAAUGAUCAGUCUUGUGCAAGGACUUGGACUUGGAUUUACUUAUGGGCUUGCCAUAUGCUCAUGUGCUCUACAACUGUGGGUUGGGCGGUUCUUUGUGACUCAUGGAAGAGCUAAUGGUGGAGAAAUCAUAACAGCCCUUUUUGCUAUAAUUUUAAGCGGCCUGGGGUUAAAUCAAGCUGCGACGAACUUUUAUUCAUUCGAUCAAGGGAGGAUUGCAGCUUACAGACUUUUUGAGAUGAUAAGUCGCUCAACUUCUGGAGCUAAUCAAGAGGGAUCUGUUCUACCUUCUGUUCAAGGAAAUAUUGAAUUUCGGAAUGUAUAUUUCAGCUAUUUGUCAAGACCUGAAAUUCCAAUCCUGAGUGGAUUCUACCUCACUGUGCCUGCUAAGAAAGCUGUUGCACUUGUUGGUAGAAAUGGUUCUGGAAAAAGCAGCAUUAUACCAUUAAUGGAACGGUUUUAUGAUCCAACAUUAGGAGAGGUCCUUCUUGAUGGGGAAAAUAUUAAAAAUCUAAAACUCGAGUGGUUAAGAAGCCAAAUAGGUCUGGUGACACAGGAGCCUGCUUUGCUGAGCUUGAGCAUAAGAGAGAAUAUUUCAUAUGGUCGAGAUGCUACUAUGGAUCAGAUAGAGGAGGCGGCUAAAAUUGCGCAUGCACACACAUUUAUCAGCUCACUAGAGAAAGGAUAUGAAACCCAGGUUGGAAGAGCUGGUUUAGCAUUGACAGAGGAGCAGAAAAUGAAACUCUCGAUUGCUAGAGCUGUGCUCUUGAAUCCAACGAUUCUUCUGCUUGAUGAGGUCACCGGAGGCCUUGACUUUGAAGCUGAAAAAGUUGUUCAAGAAGCUCUGGAUCUCCUCAUGUUGGGAAGGUCAACCAUAAUAAUAGCUCGACGGCUCAGUCUUAUAAGAAAUGCUGACUAUAUUGCUGUGAUGGAGGAAGGUCAGCUGGUUGAAAUGGGUACACACGAUGAAUUAAUAAACCUUGAUGGAUUGUAUGCUGAGCUUCUGAAGUGCGAAGAAGCAGCAAAGCUGCCCAGAAGGAUGCCAGUCAGAAACUACAAAGAGUCUGCGGCAUUUCAGGUAGAGAGGGAUUCUUCAGCUGGGCGUAGCUUCCAAGAACCAUCAUCACCCAAAAUGGCCAAGUCGCCAUCUCUUCAGAGAGGCCACGGUUUAUUCCGUCCCCAGGAAGGCUUUUUUAAUACCGAAGAAUUACCUAAAGAUCACAGCCCAGCGCCAGAGAAAAUGUCGGAGAAUGGCAUGUCUAUAGAUUCUUCUGAUAAGGAGCCAACCAUUAAAAGGCAGGAUAGUUUCGAGAUGAGGUUACCAGAUCUACCAAAAAUCGAUGUCCAGGGUCCACAACGGCAGAAAUCGAAUGGUUCAGAUCCAGAAUCCCCUAUAUCACCCCUUUUGACAUCGGAUCCAAAAAAUGAGCGCUCCCAUUCACAGACGUUUAGUCGUCCACUUGAUCGCUCUGAUGACACUUCAACAGAUGCUAGGGCAGAGAGUCAACACAAGGAUUCACCUUCAUUUUGGAGGUUGGCUCAGCUUAGUUUUCCAGAGUGGCUCUAUGCCGUACUAGGAAGUCUUGGUGCUGCUAUCUUCGGUUCUUUCAAUCCUCUUCUGGCUUACGUGAUUGCUCUGGUUGUGACCGCCUAUUAUAAGAACAAGGGAGGCCAUCUUCGGGAGGAAGUUGACAAAUGGUGCCUUAUCAUUGCCUGCAUGGGGAUAGUGACUGUUGUCGCUAAUUUCUUGCAACAUUUUUACUUUGGCAUUAUGGGGGAGAAAAUGACGGAGAGGGUUCGGAGGAUGAUGUUCUCAGCAAUGUUACGUAACGAAGUCGGAUGGUUUGAUGAGGAAGAUAACAGUCCAGACACAUUAUCCAUGCGCUUAGCAAAUGAUGCCACUUUUGUCCGAGCUGCUUUCAGCAACAGGCUUUCGAUAUUUAUUCAGGAUAGUUUCGCUGUUAUUGUUGCUAUUCUUAUUGGGUUGUUGCUUGGUUGGCGGUUGGCACUCGUUGCAUUGGCCACUCUUCCAAUACUUGCUCUUUCUGCCACUGCUCAGAAACUAUGGCUUGCUGGAUUCUCAAAAGGCAUCCAGGAGAUGCAUAGGAAAGCGUCUUUAGUCCUCGAGGAUGCUGUUAGAAACAUUUAUACCGUCGUUGCUUUCUGCGCCGGUAACAAAGUGAUGGAACUCUACAGACUGCAACUCCAAAGAAUACUCAGGCAGAGCUUCUUCCAUGGGAUGGCUAUCGGUUUCUUGUUUGGCUUCUCUCAGUUCCUUCUCUUUGCCUGCAAUGCCCUCCUCCUGUGGUACACUGCACUGUCCGUCGAACGUGGCUACAUGAAACUGUCUACAGCUGUGACGGAAUACAUGGUUUUCUCCUUCGCUACAUUUGCUUUAGUGGAACCGUUCGGAUUAGCACCGUACAUUCUCAAGCGGCGUAAGUCCCUCAUUUCGGUAUUUGAAAUCAUAGAUCGGGUGCCUAGGAUCGAACCAGAUGAUAAUGCAGCUCUAAAGCCGCCUAAUGUGUAUGGAAGCAUCGAACUGAAAAACGUGGAUUUUUGUUACCCAACUCGGCCAGAGGUGUUGGUAUUGAGCAACUUCAGUCUCAAAGUGAACGGUGGACAGACUGUGGCUGUAGUUGGUGUCUCGGGUUCGGGAAAGAGCACGAUAAUAUCGUUGAUCGAGAGAUUUUAUGACCCAGUUGCUGGUCAGGUACUACUCGACGGGCGGGACUUGAAGUCAUAUAACUUGAGAUGGCUGAGAAGCCAUAUGGGUCUGGUUCAACAGGAACCGAUAAUCUUUUCCACGACCAUAAGGGAGAACAUUAUAUAUGCGAGGCAUAACGCGAGUGAAGCCGAGAUGAAAGAGGCAGCGAGAAUAGCAAACGCCCACCAUUUCAUCAGCAGUUUGCCUCAUGGAUACGACACGCACGUCGGGAUGAGAGGAGUGGAACUCACUCCGGGCCAGAAACAGAGGAUAGCUAUAGCGAGGGUCGUGCUGAAGAACGCACCAAUCCUAUUACUAGACGAGGCCAGCUCCUCUAUCGAAUCCGAGUCGAGCCGUGUCGUGCAGGAGGCUCUCGACACAUUGAUAAUGGGGAACAAAACUACGAUUCUGAUAGCUCACAGGGCGGCGAUGAUGAGGCAUGUGGACAACAUUGUGGUUCUCAACGGCGGGAGAAUAGUUGAAGAAGGAACCCACGAUUCGUUGGUUGCAAAGAACGGAUUGUAUGUCCGUUUGAUGCAACCGCAUUUCGGCAAGGGGCUGCGUCAACAUCGACUAAUAUGAAGAUUGACUUCUCGUCUCGUCUCAGAUCAUCGCUUUACAGCUUAGCUCGGUUCAUAUACACAAAAAGGCAUUGCGCCUGUAUUGUCAACCUUCGUGAUAUCUGGACGUUGCCCGCAGCUGUUCGGGGAUCCCCGCGGUUUGGGUGGAAAGGGAUAGUUCUGUAGCAAUAGGUGUUGGUAGAAGUAGAUUCUCGAGGGUGUUUUUGUGGAAGGCUUAUUCUUUUCGGGGACGAAGAAGCAAAAGAAGUAGGAGGAUGUGGUGGUCUCACUGCGUUGUCUUCCCCAAGUAUAUCGAUUUGUUGAUUGAAUCCGAAGAAUAGUGGGGUGUGUCAAAUUUUCCGAGGUUUGUUUUCUCUUUUUUUCGUUUUCGGGGAACAUAUCGGUGCCCUCAGAGACAUGGACGAUGUUUGUAAAGCUUAAAAAGGUACAUGGAGAAUGUGUAACGUUAAAAAAAGAAGAGAGAAAGACCCGUCGGUGUAAGUGAAAGGGGCACUGCUUGAAUCGUCGUA